AUGGCCGGCCUUGCAGAAGGCGUAGCUUGCGAUGAUGAUGCAGGCAUGGAUAGCAGCGAUGAUGAAUUAGACGGCCUAGAGGAAGCCAGGACGGGUCUUGAUAUGCUCCUGCGCUCGCUUGCCCCUGGUGUCCUCGCUCCCAGGCCUCCUACUGCAAAGCCUGCACUAGACGAGAGGGUGCACCGCGGCCACCCACCGGUUUCUUCAAGCCCGGAUUCCAUCCGGAGUGAGCCUGCUGCGCCGGCUGCCGUCUCCGACACGGUCGCCUCACCAGGCGACGGGAGGGGCGACCAGCCGCCCCCCCCCCCCCUUCCAUGGGGAUGGCGGGGAGAAGGGGGGGAAGCUUGGAGGUCCAAGGGGAGGCAGGAGGGGAUCUGCAGCACCAGGUCCCCCACCCUUCUCCUACCUCCCCCUGCUGCGGGUACAGCAGUGGGGGGGGAGGGGAUUUGCCAUCCCCCUGCUGCGGUUGCGGCAGUGGGGGGAGGGGACCUGCAGCACCAGCCCCCCCCCCUCCUCUCCGCCCUUUUCUCCUCUCCCUCCCCCUGCUGCGGGUGUAGCAGUGGGGGGGAGGGGAUCUGCCGUCCCCCUGGUGCGGAUGCGGCAGUGGGGGGAGGGGACCUGCAGCACCUGCUGCGCCCUGCUGCCCUGUACGGCUUCGGUGAGCUCACGCAGGCCCUUGCUACCUAG